UCCGGCCCCUGCACUCUCAUUUGGUCGGAGAUUCACCAAAAUUCUUAAACUAUUUUUCCUAUCAUUGCAAAAAUCCAUACACAAUUCCUAGACACAUGCAAUGUGCAUCAAUGGCGCGUCGAAGGAAACUCACCAUGAAUUGGGAAGGCCUCGGAGACGACGAAGAAGACGACCGUUUCUUCGAGACCCGGGAACGAAUAUCAUGUGCCAAUCCUUUGGAUUUGGCUUCUGACAUGGACGAGUUUGAGGAUAGCCGAAUGUCGUUCACUUCGACUAUUUCCUCGGCCUCCUCAGUCGAAAGCAGCUAUGACGCGAGGGCGAAUCCUUCGUUUAUGUUGGCUAGCUAUGACAUGUGGACGUCCGAGCCGGGUGAUAUCAGGGAACGGAGGAAGCGCCUCCUACAAGGCAUGGGCCUCGCCAGCAGCAAAGACAUGCUCCGGAUGGCUAGCACCAAGACUACACGUGCCAAAGUCGAUCCUUGUACACCGAGAGCAGUUGAUUCUGCUUCUCCUUCAACAUCUUUGCAUCCAAGCGCAAUUGUGUUCGGAAGAUCUCGGUCGGACAGUGACAUAGAUGUAAGAACAAGACAGAGGAAAGAAGAGUUAGUUGGUAGUGUAUUAAAGCAAAGACUCAUCAGGACAUCAUCCGCGCCAAGCAAAGGCUUGUGUCAAUACUCCAGUGAUGUUAACAGAUCAUCACAACGGAACAAGCACUCGUUCGAUUCCUUCUUUCUGAUAAAGAACCUGGACACCGGUAAGGAGUUUAUUGUGAAGGAGUACAACGAAGAGGGGAUGUGGAAUAAGCUGAGUGAUGUUGAGACGGGGAAGCAGCUAACGAUAGAGGAGUUCGAGAAGGCUGUUGGGCAGUCGCGGGUUGUGAAGGAGCUGAUGAGGCGGCAGAACAAGGGACACGACCACGAUGCUAGGAAAUUGAACCACAACAAGUAUUUCACAAAAAGUUUCAGAAAUAGCAAGAGAAAGGGAGCUGCAUUACUUAAAAAUAUCAAGGUUGCAGCAAGUUCAAAAAACCUGAAAGAACAUGAGCAGCAGCAGCAGCAGCAGCUUUGUUCGGAAGAGAAUAAGGCAGGCUCUCAAUGGGUGAAAACUCGCCAACACGGCAAGUCCUACAGAGAAUUCACAGCGCUGCAUGUCUCUCAAGAAAUACAAGCUCAUGAGGGCUCCAUAUGGGUCAUCAGAUUCAGUAAAAAUGCUCGCUUCCUGGCAACUGCAGGAGAAGACAAGCUAAUACAUGUUUGGGAAGUGCAGGAUUGUGAAAUUAUGCCGAAUUCAGCCAGCAGCACCACACCCGUUCAUCCUAUGACUAGAACGGCCUCAGACUGCCCUCAACUUGCAGAUAUUACGCCCAUGCCGUCCAAGAAGAAGAGUAUAAUUAAUAGGAAAAAAGCAAACUCCAUCCCCGACUACGUCAAUGUGCCAGAGACUGUCUUUGCCCUUUCUGAAAAACCACUCUGCACAUUCCAAGGUCACCAAGAUGAUGUAUUGGACCUAUCAUGGUCUACAUCUCAGCUAUUGCUUUCAUCAUCUAUGGACAAGACAGUGAGGCUGUGGGAUCUGGAAACAAAGAGUUGUUUGAAGACGUUUGCACACAAUGACUAUGUAACUUGCAUACAGUUCAAUCCAGUAGAUGACGACUACUUUAUAAGCGGUUCACUAGAUGCAAAGGUUAGGAUCUGGAAUGUACCUGACCGCCAGGUUGUAGACUGGUCAGACUCUCGUGAAAUGGUCACUGCUGCCAGCUACACUCCCGAUGGCCAGGGUGCUGUCAUUGGUUCUCAAGAAGGGAUGUGUCGAUUUUAUAGUAUUGAUGACUACAAAUUGGAACAUACCGUGGAUAUCCAGAUGAAGACAAAGUCUCAAGCAAAAAAACUCCCUGGUUUUCAUCCUCAGGCCCCAGCCAAAAAGAUCACCGGUUUUCAGUAUGCCCCUUGGAAUCAAUCUGAAGUGCUCAUUACCUCUACUGAUUCUCGAAUUCGAAUAUACAACGGAGAGGACAUGAUCCAAAAAUUUAGAGGGUCUCGUAACACUUGUAGCCAGAGCGCGGCUAGCUUCAGUCCAGACGGAAGGCACGUCAUUAGUGCUAGUGAAGACUCUCAGGUUUAUAUAUGGAAGGUCGGAGAGUCCAAAAAUCCAAGUGGGGGAAAGAAGAGUAAACUUACUGUAAAGGCAUACGAGCACUUCCAUUGUAAAGAUGUAACCGUCGCAGUUGCAUGGCCCGGGGGGAGCACGGCGAAUGAACCACCAUCUGUAGAAAUACAUUCAAAGAGGCAUUCAAAAUUGUUAGUAGACACAAGUAAAAGAAGGAAUUUGCCCCCACUACCCAAGAAAAAUGAGGAUAUUCCAAAUUGUGAAGACGAUGAUCAUUCUCCUCCCGUAGAUCCUGGAAUUGGAGUUAUUAACACAUCCAGAUCUUUGUCUGCCUCCGUAAGUAAUCACGAAUCACCACCACCGUCUGCCUUAGGUGCUACACGAUCCCAAUCUUUGUCCUCCCACUCUUUUUGUCAUAUUGGAGGUCAGACGGCUCAGGCCACAGCAUGGGGCAUGGUCAUAGUCACAGCAAGUUUAGAAGGUGAGAUCAGAGUCUACCAAAAUUUUGGGCUGCCUCGGAAAGUACGUUCUCUUUAGGAUUAGUAAUUACAUAUUCUGUAUUGUCAGUACCAUAAAUAUACUACCUUCCCACAAACAAG